UUUAAGGCCUAAAAAAACAAUGGUUGAUCAUCUUGAUUUUAAAGACAUUGAUACCAAAGAACUUCAAGCGACCUCAAGUGUUCUUCUCGGGGCUUCACACCAUUUAGGUAAAUUCUGUGAAGAGGACUUCACAAAGUAUACGCAGAAACGUUUCACAACAAAAGAUCCAAGAGCAACGUUGGAAGAAGGAAGAGCUGUAACUCAAUGUGCUAUGAGAUUCUUUGAAAAGAUGAAGGAAGUGUGUAAUAAGGAGUUCACUGACCAUUGGAAAUGUUUAGACUAUAAUAAUCAGUAUUUUGGUCAGUGUAGAAAAACACAAGCAAAAUACGACGCUUGCGUUCUUCAACAUUUUGGAUUGAAAACAGAUCAACCUGUGAAUAUCAAGGGAAUGUUGUAACUAAUAGUCAAUUUUAAAAGAAGAUUAAAAUAUCCCUGA